UUGGGGAGCGGCCGAGCCGGCUCGAGGAGGAGGAGGAGGAGGAGGAGGAGACGGGGCCCGAAGGCGGCGGAGCGCGGCGGCGGCGCCAUGAGGGCCGGACGCGCGCAGAGGAAGGCGGCCCCCAGCUGCUAGCGGCCUCCUGCCAUGCUGGCCUGCCUCCCGGGACCCGGCGACCUCUCCUCCCCGCUGCUUUCUUACCCGCAGAUGAACACUGGACUUCGGAAAUGGGACACUACACAGAAAAUGAGAGCUGCACAGCACCCUACUCCAGCCGAGUUGGACGCGUAUGCUAAGAAGGUGGCCAACCACCCUCUGACUAUCAAAAUUUUCCCCAACAGUGUCAAAGUCCCGCAGCGGAAACACGUCCGCCGCACCGUCAACGGGCUGGACACCUCGGGGCAGCGCUACAGCCCCUACCCACCCUCCUCCUCCUCGUCUUCGUCGUCUUCCUCCUCCUCCUUGCCGCAGGCCGCCACCAAAACUGGACUCCUGGCCAUCGUCCGACCCGCGGCCAAAGGCGUCGUCAAGGACUUUGACGGGACGCGAAGCUCCUCCCGCCUGUUGGCCCCGUCGGAAGCCAUGAUGAACCCGCCCCCCUACGCGGCACCCAGCACUUUAAGCCACCACCCGCAACAGGCAGCGGCGGCGGCAGCUUUGGCCCGCCAUCAGCAGCAGCAACAGCAGCAUCUCCACGCCCAGAGCAUGGCGCACGCGGUUUUGCAGCCGCAGCUCCCUCUGCCACAACACCCGGGAAACCACUUGCUCCCGCAGCAACAGCAGCAGCAGCCCCCACCGCCUCCCCCUUCCUUGCACGGCGGGGGCCGCAAGAUGUCGGACGCGGACGCCCCGCCGAACGUGACCGUCUCUACCUCGACCAUCCCCCUCUCCAUGGCCGCCACGCUGCAGCAGAGCCAGCCGCCGGACCUGAGCAGCAUCGUCCACCAGAUCAACCAGUUCUGCCAGGCCCGGGCGGGCUCCAGCGCUACCUCAGUCUGCGAGGGGCAGAUUGCCAACCCCAGCCCCAUCAGCCGCAACCUCCUGAUCAGCGCCAGCACCCGGGUCUCUGCGCACAGCCUCCCCGGCCCCAUGCCUUCCUGCGGGGUCAACCCCGGUGGCGGCGAACACCCCGCCGUCCCGUUAGGCAGGGCCGGCCCUCCUUCCGCGUACCAAAGCGAAAUGAAGCAGGCGGCAGUGGCGGCGGCGGCUUGGAACCACCACCAACUUGCACACUUGCAGCAGAUGUGCGGCGGCGGUGGAGAAACGAUGAUUGGCCCCGCCGGGCUGAUGGGGAAGCCCCCCGUCGCCCGCGAGCAGGGUUUCGGCGGUAAGGCCCCCGGUGGAUACCCCUUAGAACUGUGCAUGGGCCAGCCGUUCAACGUGAAGCCGCCGCUGGAGAAGCCCACCCCGUCGCCGCCGGUCAACGGCCUCCCGUACGCCAACGGGCAUUACUUCCCGCCCCUGUGGAAUAACAUUCUGCCCACCCCGAACAGCGACAGCUCGGGCUCCCAGGACCUGGCCAUGCCUUUCCACGGCACGGCGGGGCCGCAAGCAAUGGGCGCUGGGGCCGCCGCCGCCAUGGAGUGCCCGGCCGGACCGCACUACCGAGCGCCCCCCAACGGCGGUGGCAACAACAACGGUGGGAUGCCGGCCAUGGAGUACCUGAGCAGCGGGGACUUCCAGCACCAUCCCUGCCUCCGGGAGCCUGCUCCGCCGCCGGCGGGAGGGAUGGCGCUGGGCAAAGCGGGGCGCACAACCAUGAACCGAGCGCCCGGCGAACUCGCCGACAGCCGAAGCCUUCAUAUUCAGCACCCAGGGUAUAGAUAAAGGCCGCCCAAGCCGGUUGGUUCUCACU